AUGAGUGACGAUGAUGAUUUUAUGCUUGAAGAUGAAGAAGAGGAUUACGACUUUGACUAUGAGGAUGACGAAGAAGAAGAACCCGAUGUGGAUCUAGAAAAUAAAUACUAUAAUGCUAAAGCCAGAAAAGAAGAUGAACCAGACGAAGCAAUAAAAGAGUUUCAGAGUGUGGUAGAUACGGAAGAAGAAAAAGGCGAUUGGGGAUUCAAAGCAUUAAAGCAAAUGACCAAGCUGUCUUUUUCAAAAAACCGCCUUGACGAUACUCUCAAAUACUAUUGUCAACUAUUGACUUAUAUCAAAUCAGCCGUGACUAAGAACUAUAGUGAAAAGAGUAUCAACAACAUCUUGGAUUUUGUUUCUUCAGCAGACAAUAUGGCAUUUAUGGAGAAGUUUUAUGAAAUUACAUUGGCUUCACUGAUGGAGACUAAGAAUGAACGACUUUGGAUGAAAACCAACCUUAAACUAGCCAAGUUAUGGUUGGAUCGAAAAGAAUAUGGCAGACUUAACAAGAUUCUUAAGCAAUUGCAUGCUGCUUGUCAGAAUGACGACGGCACAGAUGAUCAAAGAAAAGGAACUCAUUUGUUAGAAGUACUUGCUUUGGAAAUUCAAAUGUAUACAGAGACCAAGAAUAACAAGAAACUCAAGGAACUGUAUCAACAAUGUCUUUCUGUUAAAUCAGCCAUUCCUCAUCCACGUAUUAUGGGUGUUAUUCGUGAAUGUGGUGGUAAAAUGCAUAUGAGUGAAAAAAAAUGGGAUGAUGCACAGACUGAUUUCUUUGAAUCCUUUAAGAAUUAUGAUGAAGCUGGUAGUCCACAGCGUAUUCAAGUAUUAAAAUAUUUAGUAUUGGCCAAUAUGCUGACUGAAUCACAAAUCAAUCCUUUUGAUUCUCAAGAAACAAAACCUUAUAAGAAUGAUAAAGAAAUCGAAGCCAUGACAAAUCUUGUUAGUGCUUAUCAAAAGAAAGAAAUCAAUGAAUUUGAACAUAUAUUAAAAGUCAAUAAGAAGGCUAUUAUGGGUGAUUCUUUUAUUCGCACUUAUAUUGAUGAUGUGCUGAACAAUAUUCGAACUCAAGUGUUGAUUAAAUUGAUCAAGCCCUAUACAAGCAUUGAAAUUGGGUUUAUUUCCAAGCAAUUGAAUAUACCUGUACAAGAUGUAGAGGAAUUAUUAGUAGGACUUAUUCUGGAUGAUAGAAUAUCAGGUAGUAUUGAUCAAAUCAAUCAACGACUUGUGUUGCAUAGAAGAUCCACGGAUGAUUUGAAAUAUGAAGCAUUGGAUGCAUGGUCAAUGAAUGUAGCCAAUCUAUGCAAGACUGUGAUUGGAAAAGCUACUUGA